AUGGCUUUCGCAUCCUCUUCUCGGGUCAGAAUAAACAAUCUUCUGGCUAUCUCUCGUAUUUCCAAUGCUUUCAGACUGUUCUCAACUACGCCGUCGCGACCAGACUUUCAUUUCGAUACACAUCAUUUCGUACAACGGUUGGAGCGCGAGGGACUAAAUCGGGCCCAGGCGGAAGGCAUCAUGUCUGCAAUGGCAGAGGUCAUCGACGAGAGUAUCCGGAAUAUGACGAGUAACAUGGUCACAAAGGCGGAACAAGAGAAGGCGCGUAUUCACCACUAUACCCAACAAGUAGAUUUCGCACAGAUAAAGUCUGAGUUACAGCUCAUGGAGAAGAAUGACCUGGCGAUGAUCAAGGCAGAAAACGAUCGCUUAAUGAAUGACAUUGAGAAGCUCAAGCAGCGCUUGCGAGAAGAGAUCACGCGGACGCAGGCCGGCGUGCGGUUAGAUCUGAACUUGGAGAAGGGUCGUAUGCGAGAGGAGAGUAGUGGACAGGAACUCAAGAUUAAGGAAGUGGAUACUAGGAUUGAACAGGAAAUUGCCGGCUUGAGGACUACAAUUCAGGCAUCAAAGGCUACAACUCUACAGUAUCUUGUUGGUUUUGUUACUGGGUGCUCUGCCCUUCUUAUGGCAUAUAUGAGGUUUCGUGCUUAA